AAAAAUAAAUAAUUUUUCUGAGAUGUUAACACGAUGGGCCUUCUUUUUUGAAAAAAAUGUUUGUUUCAUAGUACUAUAUCAAACCCAAGCACUUUGUAGACGUACGGUACUGCGAGUAGGCUAUAACAGAAUAGAACAAUCUCCUUUAGAUACAUGGCAUUACGAGGGAAUAGAGCUACCAAUACUUGUCAACGAACAAACCCUCUUAAGUGAAUUGAAAAACUUUAAAGUGCGCCAUGACGAUAUAUGGCUUUGUACGUAUCCAAAAGCAGGAAUGCAUUGGACAUGGCAAAUUCUAAGUUUGUUAAAAUUUGACGGUGACUUUAACAAACUCAGUUUAUCCGCUCAAACGAAUUCACCACCAUCAAGCCCAUUUGAAAUUUCAAUGAAGCUACAGGAUGCUACAGCCUACCAUGCAUAUGAAUAUUUCGAGAAGUUACCGUCUCCCAGAAUUAUUACAACGCACCUUCCAAUGAAUCUGCUUCCAACACAGGUGUUUGAGAAAAAAGUGAAGGUUUGUAUAUGACUUUGAUUCUAAACUUGACAUCAUCAUCAUCAUCAUCUGCCUAUUUCACAUCCACUGCUGUGUGAAGCCCUCUUCUAUCAUUUUCCAUCUUCUUCUGCCUGAUGCUACACUCUUGUCCAGUUUGCAGUUUCCACGUACGUGACAUAAACAUACUUUAGUAUGAUAUUGUGUUCGUAUAAAGUGAAUUGGUUGUUCUGGGGCUAAGAAUAUUGCCGUCCAGUCCAGGGUUAAUGUUUUGUGGGCAAUAAAGAUGUAAAAAUAAUACAAAAUACAGAAAUUGAGAUUAAGGACGUAGGGAGCUUUUUAUCUGUUCUCAGUCAUUGUUUGUUUUCUAAUGAUCAUUAAUUAUUUGUUUUAACUUCUAUU